AUGUCCAUAAUUUGUGAAGAAGUGUUUGAUGAAGUUAGCCAUCCCUCUGAAGAUGAAAUUAGAGAUUAUGCUACAAAAAUUGGUAUAGAUCCUGAUUCCGAACCACAAUUACUUCCUUUAGCAGCAGAAGGGCUUAUGAAAGCAUUGCCACCUGGAUGGAAACCUUGCUAUGACGACAAAUCCAAAUCUUAUUACUAUUACAACAACUUAACGAAAAAGACCCAAUGGGAACAUCCCUUGGAUGACGUGUACCGCGGUCUGGUGAAAAAAGCAAGGACAGAAAGCCAAUCGAUUAGUUUACAGGACAACCGGGAAGACAUGACUUACAUAACAGAUGACAUUCUUAGUCUGGAGGAACCUUUAAAGAAAGACGUGAAACUCUCCCCCUUGAAACUAAGCCCAAAUGUCAGUCCUAAACGAGAGCUAAAAUUAUUUAAACAAAAGUCAGAGGACUAUACUAUAGGUAGCAAGAAACUCUCACUCGGUUUUAGUAGUUUCGAUGAAGAGAAGGACAGUAACUUCGACAAACAUCCAAGAAGUUUGGAGAGGUCGGGGGAGCUUAAGGUGGCAGGUGGAGGAAGCAUGUUUCUAAAAUCGAAUACGAGAAAACAAAGUGAAACUUCUCUCACCAGCCCGGCCAGUCAAGGAAAAGUGGAAUCCAUGCAAGAGCUGCAACCACCCAGAAGCAUUCUAAGGGACAAACCUGCUAUAGAACACUCGAAAAGUAUGGAAUUUGACAAGCUAGCAAUAUUUGAUAAAUCCGAAAAGGAGGAUGAGGACAAGAAAAGUGUGAGGUUCAACUUGGACAACAACACCGACAUAGGAAUAACGUUUUCGGAUAAAAGCUCUAGCGAAGAAGAAUUCGUAACCAGUGACAAAAAUACCAAACCGGAAGACGUUAUAAAUGUUAAAGUCACUCCCACUAAUAAAGGCAGAUUCACCGUCGCUCCUGUAUUAGACUUUAUGAAUAAAGCAAACGCUUUGAAGUUGAUUAAACCAAAUCCUACCGACUUUAUAAAACCGAAACUGACUAUUAAUAAAGGUUCCGAUUCUGAGGAUGAAACAAGAAGUAUUGAAAAAGUUGCGAUAAACAACGUGGAAACAUUUUUUGACAGCGAUAACUCUGUUUCUAGUCCCAGCGAUAAGAUUGCCGAGAAAUCAAAGAAAUUGGAAGAUAGGGCCGAAAAGAAAAUAACGAUAUUGAAACAAACAAUAUGGGAGGAAAAGAAUGAGGAGAUCGUCAAGUUUAAAUCGAACUUGCAUAAUUCUCAUAAAGCUGAAUUAGAGAGGAUUUUAAUAGAAGAAAAAACCAAACACGAGAACAAUAUUAAGAAUGAAUUAGAGAAUCUACGCAAGGAAAUGGAUGCGAGAACCACCGGAACGUUGAAAGAAGAAAGGCUUAAGUUGGAAUUUACUGCGGAAAAGUUGAAAACGGAACAAGAGGAAAUUCUUAAAGAAGAAGAGGAAAAAUUGAAGGAAAGUUUGGAUAAAAGGAAGGAAGAAUUAGAAAAGUACUAUGAAGAGAAACUGGCGGAAAUCGAAAAGGAAUUAGCUGAAAAGGUCGAAAGAAGUAGAGACGAAUUAGUGUUUAACCACAAUGCAAAUAUUGAGCAACUGAAGCAGAACCAUACGGUAAUCAUUGAUGAAUUGAAGCGGGAGUUUAAAUUAGAGGAGCAAACCCUGAGGAGAAACCACCAAGGUCAAAUGACUGACUUAAAGACAAAGAUGCAAAACGAACUGGAGCAAGAAAAGAACAAAUCCGUAUGUGACGAAAGGACUUACGAGAAGCUGCGCUGCGAGAAGAGACUAUUAGAGGAUAAAUACAGGUGCUUGAAGGACAAAUAUCUACGGCUGAAAACUGACGUGAAACUAUCGAUAGAAAAGAGGAAUAAACGAAAAGAGCAGAGCACCACAACAAACACGACGGGAUCAGAAACAGAACAGAGCUCGAAUAACAAAGAAAGGACUCCAUUAAACUCCCCGUCGAGAAAAUUUCUUGAAAAGCCGCCGACUCCAAAAUAUAACAAGACAAAUCAAGACAUCUCCCGAAUAAAACCCGAGAACAGAAAUGUGAAGCAAGUCAUCAUACAAGAUUUGGACACCUCCAUCAGCGACAACUGCUACCAGAGCGACGAUAAAGCGAACCAAAACGAGAAAGACAGUUCCGACAGCACGAAUCCUGGUCGGAGUCGAAAAAAACUUUUUUCCAGGCUGAAAAGUUCGUCCACCUCGAGAAUAAACAACAACUCUAAAACCAGAAAGCCGCAAAGGUCCUGCUCACCAGUAGAAAACUUAAGAAGACAACUCCAAAAGUUGGAGGACCUGGAGGACCAGUUUCCAGAGAACGCUCAAUCCGACACUUACCACCUCAGGUACCCCUUUUCAGAUGGGCAGAAAUUCGAGGGCAGUUCCGAACUCGAGUUUUUUCGACACAGGAUCCACCUGGAGAGGGACUCAAUUAAAAGGGCAAAGGAGAGCCUGAGGAACCAGAAGUCGUUAUUCCAGCAGAGGCAGAAAGAGCUUAAACUCAAACACGGUACGAUGGCCAGGCAUACUCUACAGCAACUUUGUCAGGAGGAAAAAGAAUUGACCGACAUGGAAGUCAACCUGCACCGUACCAGGAGCCUGCUAGGCGAGAAAGUUAUAAGGCUGCGCCACCUAGAGCAGUCCUUGCAAAGGGCGAAUGUCCAGAACGACCAGAAAAAUGAUGACGCGACACUAAGCGACAUCUCCUCCCACAGCGCCAGCUCGGGUAUUAGCUCCACCGAGUUUGCCACAGCGGACAACUAUGCCAAAGGCAUAAUACCGGCUAACGAAAAGUAUCAGGAAUCCUCGGAGAUUAUACAGAGCUUGGAGAAUUUAAAUUCUGAGAUUAGAGAAAUCUGGGAUGUUCUCAGGACGCAACAGCAGCAGACCAACAUCGCACAAGUAAUACCGCCAUUAGUCUAUCCAGACUUAGGUUGGCCCAUUUUAGCCGGAUCCGCUAGUAUGCCGGCACCACCUUCCAUUCCCACACUGGCCGACCGCCUGCAUAACUACCGACAGCACGUGGUGCUGGCCAAUGCCCAGAGCACUGUGGUGACGCACGCCAACCAGGGCGCCACCACUACCUUGGUUGAACGCACCAGGAAUCUGAGGCACUGGCUGCGGCAAACGGGCAUAGACGUGGGUAAUGAGACCAGCCCCGCCCAGACCACCCUGUAA